AUGUAUUCAUUGACUAAUCGAUAUGAAUCAACGGCAAUUCCUAGUUUACCUGAUUAUGCAUUUGGCGAAAAAUUAGGCGCUGGAUCAUAUGGAACUGUAUAUAAAGCAAGACUAAUAUCGAAUAUUCAAUCAAGACCAAGUUCAGCUGCAUGUAAUCGUCCUACAAGUGCCAGACCUACAAGUGCUUUACCCACCUUCUAUGCUAUUAAAUGUAUCAAUCGCAAAGUUUUGACAAAAACUACCGAAGAUUUGCUUAUAAAUGAAAUCAAAACACUAAAAGACAUAAAACAUGAAAAUAUUGUUGAAAUGUAUGAUUUUCAAUGGGAUGAAAAUUAUAUCUAUAUUGUUACGGAAUAUUGUGCUGGAGGUGAUAUGUCAACGUUUAUACGUUCACGGCAACAAUUAACAGAAACUCGUGCUCGACCCUUUGUACAACAAAUUGCUAAAGUAUUAAAAUUUUUAUAUGAAAAAGGCAUUAGUCAUAUGGAUUUAAAACCUGAAAAUAUUCUUCUAACAUCAAUUGAUAAACCAAUUUUAAAAGUAGCUGAUUUUGGUGUAGCACAACAUAUUGGAGAACAAGGAAGUCGAAGUGUACGUGGAACUCUUGUGUAUAUGGCUCCAGAAAUUCUUUCAGAAAAUCCCUAUGAUAAUCGAGUUGAUCUUUGGUCAAUUGGAGUUAUACUUUAUGAAUGUCUUUUUGGUCGACCACCUUUUGUUUUUUCAACAGUUAAUCAGCUUAUUGAUCUAAUUAAAUCAGAUAUUCCAAUUGAAAUUCCAAAUGAUGCACAAAUAUCACCGGAGUGUCGUAAUUUACUUGAAAAUUUAUUACAACGUAAUCCAGAUAAACGAAUAAGUUUUCCAGACUUUUUUCGACAUCCAUUUAUUUGCCUUGAUGUUUCACCUCAAAUUGCUCAUGCUGACAAUACUUUACAACAAGCAAUCAAUUAUGAACAAUCAGGAGAUUUUAAAAAAGCUUUAGAUUAUCGUGUUCAAGCAUUAGAUGAAUAUCUUGCAAUAAUUAAAGUUGAUGAAGAUGCUGAUCGACGACGAAUGUUGAGAAUGAAAGUAAAACAAGGUGUUGUUGUUGCUGAAGAUUUAAAAAAGCGAAUAAAAGAAGCAACAACUAACUCGGAAUCAACACCAUCAGUAACAACAACAAGUUUAUUACCAUCACCAUCUACGAGUCCUAGUGAUGAUCUUGAUUUAAACAAUGAUAAAGAACUUUUUGAUGCCUAUCAACAUUGUUUAAAUGGAAAUCAACUUAUGAAUGCCUUCAUGUUUGCACGAGCUUGUGAAGAAUAUGAAAUCGGUUUAGACGUAAUGCUUCGUGUAGCACGAACUGAAACAGAUCCAACGAAGAUCAAAAUUUUACGUAAUAUGAUCAUACAUUAUUUAAAUAAAGCUGAAUCGUGUAAACAACGAUGUGAAACUCAACGAUUGGAUUUAGCUAUAGAAAAAAUCAAACAAGAUUCAGAAAAUGAUACAACAAUUAUGAAUGAAUCAACUUAUGAAGAGAAAAAACAACGAUCACCUUUGCAACAAACUUGUCAUUUACAGUGA